AUGUCCUUCUCCAAGUGCUGCAUCCAAGGCUUCUCCUGGCAAGGCACACCCACCGGCCGCACCGACAAACUCUCCAACAACGACGUCUACAUCACGGGGGAUAACCCAGACGUGGCGAUCCUGUUCAUCGCCGACCUCUUCGGCUGGACAUUCCCCAAUGUCCGUCUCCUUGCAGACCACUUCGCCCGCGAAGUUGGCGCAACUGUCUUCGUGCCGGACUUUUUCGGCGGGGAGGUCCUAGACUUCGACCUCAUUUCCGCGGAGAAGUUCGACCAAAUCGAUCUACCGGGUUUCUUUAAACGAAAUGGCAGAGAGCAGCGCGAGCCGGAGAUCUUCGCCUCUGCACGUGCUCUGAAGCAGGAACUUGGGUAUAAGAAAGUCGGCGUGGUGGGUUAUUGCUAUGGUGGAUGGGCGUCGUUUCGCCUAGCUGCAAAGGAACAUGCAUCUGCGCCGUUGGUGGAUUGUAUCGCCGUCGGUCAUCCGUCUCUGCUUACGAGAAAGGAUAUCGAUGAAGUGGAUGUCCCUGUGCAGAUGCUUGCGCCGGAGAUUGAUCAGGUGUAUCCCGUGGAGCUGAAAGUAUAUACGUUUGAGACCCUGCAGCGCUUGAAUGUGCCAUUCGACUAUCAGCAUUUCCCAGGAGUCGUGCAUGCCUGUUUUAUUCGCGGUGAUGAGAAUAAGCCUGGGGAGAGGGCGGCGAUGGAGAGAGGAAAGAACGCGGUUGUUGGGUGGUUCAGACACCUCUUGAAGGAUGCUUGA